AUGAAAAAAUAAUUAUAAAUUCUUCUUUAUUUGAUACAAUUAUUCUUUGUUAAAUAGGAAUAAAACAUACUCACUAAAAAUUAAAAGAAUUUUUAAAUCUUUGAAUAUUAAAUCCAGAUAAAAGUAAGGUCUUUGUUUUUAUUGAUUUAGUGUUUAAGUUUCCUGGCUAUUAAGAUUAGAAUAGACCUCCCCAAAAUGGACUCCAUAUAGCAGAUUUAGAAGAUGGUAUAACAGAGGAAUAACUAUAUGUUGAAUUUAGGAAGUUUGGAUAGAUAAGCUUUGUUAAAUUGCAUAGGUAUAAUGUAGAGUUAUAAUUAGAUAUCCAUUUAUUGGAAAAUCAAAGCAUUAUGGAUUCAUCUAUUUUUCAUCACAAGAAGAAGCAAGAAAAGCAAAAGAAGCCAUGAAUUACAAAUAGCUUCUUAGAGAGCCAAUACGUAUAACUUACAUAUAGGAUUAUGAGAAAGAUGCAAAUUUAUUUUUUGCAGGAUUCGAGUUAAAUGUAACACUGAAAUAACUUGAAGAAUUUUUCUCAAAAUGGGGAUAAGUAGUCAGUGUGAAAUUAUCAGCAGAUGAAAAUAAAAAGAGUAGAGGUAAUGGAAUUAGAAAAUAUUAUAGGUUAUGGUUGGGUUUAAUAUGAGAAGAAGGAGUAAGCUAAUACAUUAUUAGCUGAGAGUUAAUUAAAUGAAGGAACAGUAAAAUAUAAUGAAAAGACAUCAAUAAUAGUGAAAAGAUUUGUAAAGAAAGGUACAAGUGAACGUGAAGAUAAGAGAAGUAAUUUAUACAUAAAGAAUUUUUGGACUUCAUUAGAUUCAUUUGAUUUAGAAAAUAAUUAAGUUAGAGAAGAAUUGGUAUUUAUACUAAAUUUAUUUUAAAAAGGAAAAUGAAAUGCGAACAAAAUUGAAUGAAUGGUUUAGUACAUUUGGUUUAAUAAUCAGUGUAUUAGUUAAAAUAGAUCUUGAACGCAAAGCUCCAUUUGCAUUUAUAAGUUUUAGUAGAUAUCAAGAUGCCAAAGAAGCCUAGAGAACAUUAGGUACUACCUUAGGAACAAACUCAUAGCUGGAUCCAUUAAAUACUGGUAGAAAGAUGUAUGUAGGAUGGGCCUAAACAAAAAAAGAUAGAAAAUAAUAAAGAGAUAAUAAUAUAUAUUCAAAAUAUAUUUAUGCAGAUCAUUUAAAUAGAAAUGUAACAGAAGAAAUGAUUAGAUAAACAUUAAAAGAUGCUGGUUAUGGUGAUAUCUAUAUGGUAAUAUAUAUAUAUUAUAAUUUGAAUAGAUCAGAUUAGAAAAGAUGUAAUAAGGAUUUUAAUAAAUUAUAAGAAUAGGUUAUAUAGUAUUUGAAUAAGCAUCAGAUGCAAAUAAAUUGAUUAAAUCAUUUAAAGAGAAUGAGAAAUUCGAUGAAAUUAAGAAACUUUUUGAUUAAAAUGUAGAAUAAGCUGGUGGAAAAUACUUUUAACAUUUAUUCCCUUAAUAAUCUUAAUAAAGAGGAUAGAGAAGAAUUAAUUAAAGAUAAUCUCCAAAUAGAAGAAUGUAUUAAAUGCCACCAGGUCCAGGUUAAUUUGGUGGUAGAAUGCCAUAUCCAUUUCCUAUGUAAUAAAGAAUUCCAGGAGGUGGAAUGAGAAGACCAUUUCCUAAUCCAGUUAAUCCAAUUAGAUAAACUCCAUUACCUCCUCCAAUUUAAUAGAUUACUGAAUUAGCUCCUAUAUAAGUUGUUGCUUUUAAUUAAAGAUAAGAUUUAUUAGACUUAUUAAAUAAUUUAGAAAUAUUUAGAGCUAAACCUGAAGAAGAAUAAGUCAAAUAAUUAUAGUAAUCUUAUUUUAUUUAUUAUUUCUAGAAUGAUGUUGUAUUAUAGAAUUAAAUCUAAAUUAAAUUAAGAUACAGAGCCUCAUUGGAGGAAAGUUAGUGAAGUGCUUUCAGAUCCAUCCAAUUAUACAAUUGAUGAAAUCCUCGAUAUGAUUAAGAAUGAAGAUUAAUUUAAUGAAUUAGUAGAUGAUGCUGUUGCUUAAUUAAAAGAAGAAGCACAUUGGUGAAAAAUUUAUUGUUUGUUCAAAUAUAAAUAUA